UGCUAAUGAUGUUUUCUACUGUGUUUGCUUUGGUGGAGACUAUGUUGCGUCUGUCCUCUGUCUCUCUUUCUCUCUCUGUUCAUUAUAAUUGAAAAUUCUUCUCUUUUUUUUUUUUUUUUCAGCAGUAGUAGAAGUAGUUCAGAGACGAUCAUGAACCACGUGCACACAUAAUCUCAUUAAUUUCUUUAUACAAAUAAUCAAAUCCAUCCCUUACCCUUUUCUCUCUCUCACCAAAUCUCUUCUAAGUUUUUUCACCACUUUCAUUUUCAAGUUCUUCACCAUGCCAUAGAAAGAGAUCUUAGAAGGCUAAAAAGUUAGCUUCAGUUACCAAUAAUUGAUUGAUGGGUUGAUCCAAAAUUCACACUCCAAACCCGAUUCACAACACUGAAAGUGACAAAGCAGAAGAAAGUUUUCUCCAAUGGCGACAUAUUUUCAAAGUAACCCCAAAAUUCAAGCAGGUGCUGACGGCCUUCAAACUCUCGUACUAAUGAACCCUGACUAUGUCCAAUACUCCGACGCGCCGCCGCCAUCCCUCGGCGGAAACCACUUGUUUCUCAACUCCGCCACCACCGUUGCCAACAACUCCUCCCUACUGAAUCUCCCUCACGCGCCGUCCCCUCACACUCAGCAAUUCGUCGGCGUGCCACUCUCGGCAGCAACGCAGGAGCCGCCGCCGUCCAUGCCCCAUGACGUUUCCGCCCUGCAUGGCUUCCUGCCACGCAUGCAGUACAACCUUUGGAACACAAUUGACCCCAGCACAGCGGCGCGUGAUGCCACACGCGCUUCCCAGGGACUGUCACUUAGCCUUCACGGUGAGGAGGUGCGCCCAAGGUCAUCCUCCGCCUCUGGGGCCUCCAACGGCGGCGGUAUGGCGGGGAUUCAGAGUGUUCUCUUGAGUUCCAAGUUCUUGAGGGUCACGCAAGAACUUCUGGACGAGGUUGUGAAUGUUAACAGCGGAAUUAAGGUUGAACAAGGGAAGCUGAGCUUGGAGAAAACUAAGGCGGUUGGAGAACCAUCAACCGCUGCUAGUGGUGACGGCGGAGAGGGAUGUGGGAAACGUAGCUCUGAACUGUCUACUACAGAGAGACAAGAAAUUCAGAUGAAGAAAGCAAAGCUAAUCAACAUGCUUGACGAGGUGGAGCAAAGGUACAGGCAGUACCACAACCAGAUGCAGAUUGUGACAUCCUCCUUUGAGCAAGUUGCAGGGAUUGGUUCUGCGAGGACGUACACAGCACUUGCAUUGCAAACAAUUUCAAAGCAAUUUCGAUGUUUGAAGGAUGCUAUAACAGGUCAAAUCAGAGCUGCAAAUAAGAGUUUGGGAGAAGAGGAUUGUUUUGGGGCUAAAGUUGAAGGUUCUAGGCUCAAAUACGUGGACCAUCAUCUACGCCAACAGAGAGCUAUUCAACAGUUGGGUAUGAUCCAUCACAAUGCUUGGAGACCCCAGAGAGGAUUGCCAGAGAGAUCGGUUUCUGUCUUACGUGCUUGGCUCUUUGAACACUUUCUCCACCCCUACCCCAAGGACUCCGACAAACACAUGCUAGCAAAACAAACAGGGCUUACCAGGAGUCAGGUUUCAAAUUGGUUCAUAAAUGCUCGAGUUCGGCUUUGGAAGCCAAUGGUGGAGGAAAUGUACUUGGAGGAGAUGAAAGAACAGGAACUAAAUGGAAAUGGGUCUGAGGAGAAAUCAAGCAAGAGUGGUGAAGAUCCCGCGAUGAAACGAGAGAAACGUCCUACCUCUGAGAUUGAAUCAAAAGGUUCUGGUUCUAAAAAAGAUGUUUCUAAUUCAAUAGUUUCAACUUCACCAUCAACAUCAGCACCUGUAGUGGGUAAUGUGAAGAAUCAAUCAGGAUUCAGUUUCAUGGGGUCAUCAGAGUUAGAUGGAAUCACACAAGGAAGCCCCAAGAAGGCAAGGAACCAUGAAAUCCUACUCUCUCCAAAUCGUGCUUCUUCAAUGAGCAUGGAUGUUAAAAGCAAUGAAGGCAACAAUGAGCAACAGCUUUCAAUGGAGGAGAGACAGAGCAGAGAUGGGUACUCUUUCAUGGGGAGCCAAACAAACUUCACAAGUGGUUUUGGACAAUACCCAAUGGAGGAAAUUGGUAGGUUUGAUGCUGAACAAUUCACACCAAGGUUUUCAGGUAAUGGUGUUUCCCUCACUCUUGGUCUUCCUCACUGUGACACAUUGUCAGGAACACAUCAAACCUUUCUCCCAAACCAGAACAUUCAACUAGGAAGAGGGUUGGACAUUGGUCAACCGAAUCAGUUUGGUGUCUUGAACAAUUCCACUUCUCACUCUUCAGCAGCAUUUGAGAGUAUCAACAUGCAGAACCCAAAGAGGUUUGCUGCACAAUUGGUACUGGACUUUGUCGCAUAAACAAGACAUUCAAGGGGACAGAUUAUGGUUAGUGUAAAGAAAGAAUGAAUUUUACUCUAGUAUAGCUGUAUACCUUGCAUAGAACCAUUUGAGUUCUUAGAUAGCUUGGUGAUUUCAAAAAUAUAUGGUUACUUGAGUUGUAUAUUAAUUUUGUAAUUUUUGAAAAUGGGAUAGAUGGGUUGGUGUCAUAAAAUUUCAAUUGGUAAAGAUAGUAUAUCUUUGAUUUGAGAGUAUAUGUCAUGAAUUACCUUUCUUUUUUUUAGAGUUUUAUAACCUACUUUUCUUUGGGUGGAUUACAUAAAUCAAAGAAAAAGGUACAAGUGGAGCAA